GUGCAUAUGGAUGGAUUGACAAAAGGGGCGAGUGGAUGCCGCUCAGAGAGCCCACAUACAAUCACUUAUGGAGACGCACGUGAGCGGGGCAUCGAUCACCCGUCCACACACAACACACGUCCACCCAUAGCUAUGCCGCGCAGAUCUGUCCAUCCAUCAGUGACAUGUGUAUGUUCUUUAGCCAGCUCGCUUCAGAAUGCGCAGGAACUCAUCCUCGCUAACCAUGCCGUCCUCGUCCUUGUCAGCCUCACGAAUCAUCUCGCGUAGCUGAACACACACACACAGAUGCACCAUGUACCCCUGCCUCUCUUCGGUGUCUCUUUGGCUCGCUCACGCUGACCUCUUCAUCGGACAUGGUCUCGCCCAGCUCCUGCGCCACCCUCUUCAGGUCCUCAAAGGCAAUCUGACCCGAGGCACCCGCAAACAACCUGUACGCCUUCUGGACCUGCUCACGGCUGUCCUUCUCGCUCUGCGUGCACCACAACCGGCACGAUACACACAGACAGACAGACAGACAGACAGAGAGAGAUGGACACCGGCCUCCCCGCCUGGCCUGGCUGUGUGUCACCCCUUACCAUUUUCUGCGUCAUGACAGCAAGGAAGCCGUUGAAGUCGAGCAGCUGCUGUGACUGGCCCUGCCCGCCUGCACCAGCAGGCGGCACUCCCGGGGCCGUCGCCCCGUGACCGCCCUUCUCGAGAUCUCCAACGAGCUUCUUGAGCUCUUCUUUCCUGGGCUCGAACCCCAGUGCGCGGAGGGCAACUUUCAGCUCCUUGGCGUCAAUGGUGCCUGAUGCCAACAUGCAAAAGGAGAGGCGGGGGGUGCAUGGCAUGCAGCGAAGAAGAAAGCAGUGUAUGUGCGUGCAGUACAGUACCCGUGCCGUCGGUAUCGAAAAGAUCAAAGGCCUCCUUUAUCUCUGCAGAUACAUACGCACGCAUGCCACCCUUCGGCUGUCCCAUCCCGACCCUGCAUGCCAUGACGUCUCCCUUUUACCUGCUUUCUGCUCUUCCUUGAGGUCUAUCCGAGCCUUGCCACGAAUCUUGCUCCUGCGCCCAGGACCACCCUGCGCAGCAGCCCCUGCCGCACCCGUAGUAGCCAUCAGCAGCUGCCAAGCAAAGAAGCGCCUUCAAGUUUUCCACCGGCAGUCUCCGAU